GUCCAGGAGAACUUAAAUCCAGAAAAGAUUGAACGUGAAAUGAUGGAUAAACUGCCUCUUACAGAACUUAUCCAUUUCACCCUUCCUUCAACUGAAAACAACACUAAACGCUUGGCCAGAUUUCAUGAGCUAAUGCAUUAUUGUACCAGUGAAGUUCUGAGUUGGGCUGAAGUAGAAAGAGCCUUCAGAGUGUUUACUUUUGAAAGCCUGAGGCUGACUGGGCUGAGUGACUCUGGUCUCCUGGAGAGCUCUGGAUCUAUGGUUGGAGGUGAUUCUGAAGUGUCUUAUAUCCCUUGGGAUAAUCCAGCCCAGUUUGCACAACAGCUGAGACAACUCUUCCUUGUAGAAAAGAACCUUAGUGGGAAAUCUCCAAGAGGCUCUGGACAUACAGAAACAAAUGGCAAAGAUGGAAGAGAUGGUCUGGCUGAUCCUGUUUUGAACAAAGAAUUGGAUCUUUUUAUUUCUGAUAUGGUGAGUCCGGAAAAUUAUGGCCUAGGACCAAAUUUAGAAGAAAUAAAAAAGACACAGAGGUGUUGUUUAACAGACUGGAGUUUCACUGAGCAUUUUCAGCCCCAUGUUCUUCUUCAGGUUCUUCAUACUGCAUCCCAAGAAUAUAGAUGUAUUGAUUCCUUUUAUCAUGCCCAAGAUAACUCUUUGCUAAUGGUUCUUCACAAUCCUAUGAAUCAGUAUCGUUUGUGCCAAGAGACCUGGGAUAUUGCAUUGCACUCUAAUGUUGGAUUCAGGAACUAUCUCGAGCUGGUGGCCAACUCAAUUGAAGACUGGGUGAAAGAGGAAGAAGUCAAAUACAAAGAAGAGAAGAUAGCUAAGGAAAUAGAGUCUCAUAAACUGGAAAAAGCCAUGGCAGAAGGACCUUUUGUAUUGUCUGCAUGUGCUGUGGAAAAACCUGACUUCCCUAAGAAAGCCAGAAGCAGCACGUUAGGACCUGAGAGCAUUAUGGAGACUAAUCCAGAAUCUCAAUGCAUCAAUGAAAAAAGUCCUUUUAUCAGAGAAGGUUCUCUAAAGUUUCUUGGCUACAAUACAGGGGAGGAUCUCAUUCAAGUAUCAGGAACCAAUCAGUAUCUUUUCCCAUCUGAUGGAGGACAAAUUCAAGUAGAGAAGAUAGAAUUUGUAAAAGGUCUAACUUUGGUAAAGGUGAAGGUGAUAAAAGACAACCACAAUUUCUUCAUUCAUAUCACAGACCCUGAGAAAAACUUAAAAGAAAUCGAAGUGCAAGAAAUCAAUGAAGAACAGAAAAUUAUAUCAGGAAAAUUGAAAAAUCGAAAGAAAGCUGUGAGCAAGUUUGGAUCUUUUUCAGCCACCUUGGAAAAUGGAAUCCAGCUGUCCCUGAGCUAUUAUGGACCUACAGGGAAGACAUCAGAUGAUAAAACAGAUCCUGUCCUAGCAAGAAUUCUGAACAUCCCUUCUGUUCAUAUUCCAACCAUAAUUUCUCCUGUUACAUCAGCUUCAGGAAAAAAAGAUAAGUCUGUCAAACAAAAAGCAGGAAAAUCUCUACCAUCUACAAAAGCAAGCCAUAGUGAAAUAGGCCCUCCACCACCUGAUGACCUGGUAAAGCAGGAAGGAGGAAAGAUGGAAAUGGAGGGAGGAGCUUCCCAAAUGCAAAUGAUGUCAAAUGCUCUUGCUUUCCCAAGUUUGAACAUCUCCUGUCCCAAUGGACUAGUAUUAACUUUCCUUGGUGAAAGUUUUGGAGAUUUAAAAGGUGAAGCCAUUGCAGCUAAAGCUGAGAAAGAGGUGGUAGAGAAAACUGAGGCCAAAGCAGAGGAAUCCAAGGAAGAGGAAGUUGAGAAAGGUGAGGCCAAAGCAAAUGAAACAAAGGAAGAAGAGGUUAUGGAAAGUGGAGAGAAGGAACAUAAGGUUACAGAAGGUGAAAUAAAGCACGAAGAUACAAAAAGAGAGCAGACCAAGCAACCUACUCUGGAAAUUCUGGUUAGGCAGAGUUAUCCCCAAAAGGUAAAGAACUCUCAUCUGUAUACAUCUGUGGCAAGGCAAACAGAACAAGAGGUGUCAAGAGUCAUCACCAGUCAAGGAACUGUCAUAAAGUACAUGAUGGAUGGAUCUACCCAGAUUCUGUUUUCUGAUGGCACAGUGAGUAGGAGUCCUGAUUCAGGCCCUCUCCUACCACGACCUACAAUUCCAGAUAACGUGCAACUCUUACAAGAAUCAGAGCCUUCGCCUGAGACCAGCGCUAAGAAAGCAAGAAGCAGUGACAGAAACAGUAUAUCACACCCAAACAAGGACGAGUUGUUUGAAGAUACUGUGCAGGGUCUGGUUAAUUCUGAGCAACCUAAGGAGAACCAGGCAGGAACCUGGAUAACAACAACUCCAUCAGGCAUUCGAGUGGGCACUGAGGGAGCAAAGAGAAUGGAUCUGAAACCAGUUUUAACCUAUCAGGCAACUGACCCAGCUGAUGGAACGGUUAUGACUGUACGAGACGAUGAAGUGAUAAUUGUUGAGAAGCUGGAUGGCAGCACAAUAGUAGAUCAUGCUGAUGGUACUAGGAUCACGACUUUUUAUCAAAACUGUGAAGAACUAUUUAUACCAGAGGAUAGUGAGCAAACAGAUGAACCCUUGGAAGCCAUCACAAGGAAGGUGAAAUGUACGCAAGUAGAGAAUCCAGAGUUUGCUACUGUUAUAACAAAUUGUGAGGAGGGUACCUGUUGUACCAUCUUUGGAGAUGGGACAUCUAUUAUAGCAAAGCCACAGGGAACAUAUCAGGUUUUACCAAUCAAGACAGGCUCUCUUUUCAUUGAUGAAGAUUGCUCAGCAGUUUAUACCCAUGAAGUUAACAAUUUCAUCAGCAAGAAAGAAGAGAAACAAGCAGGGAAAUACAUUAUGAAACACACUUCCAGCACUAUUUGUGAGAUGCUAGAUCCUGAAGGAAAUCUUUUCAAGGUCAUGGUUGAUGGCAGUACAUCCAUAUGUGUUCCUAGCAUUGGCUCUGAUGACAAGGAAGACAGGAGUUCAGCAUCAGCACUCCCAGAAGUUAACCAACCUAUCACUUAUGAUGAGCAUGUCCCCAGGUUCUUCAUCAUCUACGCGGAUGGUUCUGGAACCGAGCUUCUGCGGAGCAAGGAGGUACACAAGUAUCUUGCUGAAGCCCGUAGUGAUCCCGCUGCAGCUGUUUUGCAGGAUCCUGUGCAAGAAUGUCCAGGUGUUUUAAGUAUUACUAUCCUCCGCCCUUUGGCUGAAGACUCCCCCUGGGUAAUGAAGAAAGAACCAGAGAGUAUUGUUCCUCCAAAUCUUCAAUCAAGGACCUGGGACACAUUUUCUCCUCUUGAGAGGAAGAUCACAGGUCCCUCAGUCAGAACAUGUAUUUGGAGGGGUCUCUGCAUUGGAUCCAGAGAGCAGACGUACUUGUCAGUACCUGUGCGAAAAUGUCCUAAUAAACUGCAAAUCCGUCAGCUAUUCCAGUAUGAGCCACUCAGUGAUGAACUAAGAGAAAAGCUGCAGCUUUCCCUGAAGGAAUAUAUAGACAACAUUUUAAAGCAGGAAAAUGAGCUGGAAGAGAUGAAUGUAAAAGAACCAAGAACAGAAGAGGAAAAAGAGAAUGCUGCAAGUGUCCUUCAACUGGUUACAUCCUUCCCUAACUGGGAGAAGUCAUCUGAAGAUUCCAGUGCUAGAGCUCACAUAACUGAGCUGUAUGAACAGGCAGUGGCUUCUCAUCACCAAUGUCACACAGAGAAGACAAUCACUACCCAAAGAGAGGACCAACAGCAGUUCAGCUCAGAAGGAGUAACACCAGUGUCCAAGUGGCAGAGCAGACUAGAAGAGCACAGAAAAGAACUUGAUGAAGAAAAGAAGUCCUUAAUGGCAAUAAGAAAGAAAAUAAUUCCUCCGUAUUUUGAAUCAGAAUUCGGCAAGAAGUUUUUCCCGAGAAAGAUUCCUGAUGUGGAAGCACUGUCUAUGGAACUUCCUUCCAUUCAAAAAAAAGAAAGUAAGAAUUUCCCUCUAGAGACAAUCAAAAAACCCAGUAGAGCAUCUGAAUGUCUCAAUACCAUGAGAGACUCCUUACCUUCACCUGGCCUUCAGCUGCAGGCUCAUUCGAAACAAAACGAAGGUUCCAGCAGCACAACAGACAUAAAUAAGGCUACAAGAUCACAAGAGACACCCUUUCAACUUAAAGUUCAGAGUCUGCUGGUGAAUGCUGCAGGACAGCCAAGAAAAGAGAAAGUGAAAUUACCAUCAUCCCUUCAGGGGAGAAAACCAAACUCCAUACCAAAUAAAAAGAUAGAAGAUCCUGUCGCAGGAAAGGUCAACACAUCUUCUCUUGCAACAACAAGACAGCAUCUUAGUGGCUUCCAUCUCAUUCCACCCAGAGUGAUGCUUGGAGUCCUAAAGGAAGGCUGCACCUAUGCAGCCACUGUGAUCCUGAAGAAUGUUGGUGUGAACUUCUCAAGGUUUCGGGUGAAGCAGCCACCUCCGCACACAGGACUGAGAGUGAUGUACACACCAGGACCUGUGGCAGCAGGCUUGCAGGUUGAACUGGAGAUAGAGAUUUUUGCCAUGGUAAUUGGAGGGAAAGACACUGAUGGCCUUGAAGAAGUUUCCCAUGAUAUUGAAAUAUUAACAGAAACAGAGACUCUUCUUCUGCCUGUGAGAGCAACUGUGUUAACCAAUGACGUUUAUGAGUGCCGCCCACAAGGAUAUCCCCAAGGUGGAAUGGCACCAACAGUCCGGGCAGUUCCUGCAAGCUCCAAGCCACGGUUCCGGAUUACACUACCCCGAAAGCUUUCUAGUUAA